AUGGCACCAGGGAGACCACCAGCCACCACCAGCUCUGCUACAGCCCCACCUCCUGCCUUUGGGACACAGAAGGGACUGGCCACAGCACCAAGCACAUCUGCCCACACCACCACUGGCCACAGAAUUCCUGCGCCUGAGCCUCAACCCACCCACGGGCUUAUCAUUUUCACCUUUCUGAUUAAUCUCCUGCCCGUGGCAGUGCCAGCGGCCUCGCUCUACCCCUUCGGCAUGGAGGGAGGGGACAAAGAGUGCGUCCAGAGGACAGUGGAUUUCAACUCUCCCCUGUUCAAGCCAGAGAUCGGGUUCCCCUUCGGACAGUCGCUGAGAGAUGCUCUCUACUUUACAGAUAACGGACAGAUCAUUUUCCCACUCACGGACAACUACAUCCCCUCCAACCCCAACCCACCUGCUCAGGGCUUCAGCGGCCAGGAGGGUUUGCCGAUGGUGGCCGCCUUUUGGGAUGAUGCAGAUUUCUCCCAGGGUGUUGGCACCACCUGGUACCAGGAGUACUCCACCCUUAGCUCUGCUGGAAACCCCCUUGUCCAUGACGUGGAAGCAAAGAUUGAGAAAUACUUGAAAACCCCCUACAUAGCAAAAUGGACCUUGAAGGUGACGUGGGAGAAGGCUCCGGCAUACCCAUCCUGGCGAGAUGAUACUCAGACAAGCACCUACCAGGCAGUCCUCACCACCGAUGGGAACCGUUCCUUUGCCCUCCUGCUCUACCAGGACGGUGGGAUGCAGUGGGACUACACCAAACUGGCUGCGGGCAACGUGCUGAUCGGCUUCUCCAGUGGCGAUGGCUAUGCCCAAAAUAACGAACUGACUCAACAGCCACCAGCUGUCAAAUACCGACCUGACCAGCACAGUGAUGCCAACACCGAUGUGCGCGGGCUGUGGAUAUACAGGCUGGACAGUCGCUCCCGGGUGAACUACAGGCUGCGGUGCCUGGCGUGGUUGGACGCAGAGCCAGCGCCGGACGCCUGGAACAGCCAGCUGCCACCAUGCCCAUGCUCCCAGCCCCAGGCAGAGCUGGACCCCCGCUACCGCCGGAGCAGAGGUCCAGCAAACGCCUCUGUGAGUAUGCUGCGCACUGCGUCCCCCAGCCCGGCCGGAGCCGGGGUGCGGUGUCUGUACCAAGAUGGGAGCUUCCUCGAAGGCUGGCAGGAGAGGGCAUGGAGCCCCCCCAUCCACCCUGCUGCUGACAGGGAGCUGGAGGCGUUCGACUGGUGCUGCCGGCGCGUGGAGAAGCCCCUGUUCUGCGCCAGGUUUGCUGAGAAGAGACCGAGGGUGGGCUGCGAGGGAUACAUGCCACCCACCCCUGCUGGUGCCUUCGGGGACCCCCACAUCACCACCCUGGAUGGACUCACCUACACCUUCAAUGGGCUUGGGGACUUUGUCCUGCUGAUGGCCGGUGACACCCAGACCAGCUUUGUGCUGCAUGGGCGCACGGCCCAGACUGGGACAGCCCAAGCCACCAAUUUCAUAGCCUUCGCUGCCCAGUACAUCUCCGCCGCCACCACAACAGUUGAGUGGACCUUGGGGAGCCAGGGUGAAAUCCAAGUCCUCCUGAACAAUAAAACCAUCCAGUUUUCCUAUUCCCAAGACAUGGGUGCUGAGGUGUACUACAGCCUCGGUGUCCUGCUGGUCAACACCUCCUCCAUCACGGCUGUCUUUGAUGGGGCCAUCGCCAUCUCCAUCUCAGCCACCUCCGGGAUCCUCGGUGUGGUCUGCAGCCUGCCCGAUCGGUACCGCAACAGCACUAAGGGUCUCCUUGGUGUGUGGGACCAUGACCCUGCAGAUGACUUCCAGAUGCCGAACGGUACCAGUAUCCCUGUGAACAGCAGCGAGGAGGAGAUAUACAGAUAUGGGAUGACCUGGGCUGUGGGAGAGCACAGCCUGUUUUCUCAGCCUCUGGACUCACCGGUUAUGAACUUCACACCCAUCUUCUUGUCUCAGCUGCGGCAGGAGAAUGAAAGUCAGUACCAGCUGGCAGUCUCGCAGUGCCGCGGCAGCAAGGAGUGCAUCUAUGAUUCGCUGAGCACAGGGGACGUGGCCCUGGGCCUGGCCACUCAAAGCCUCACAGCUGACUUCCAGCAGAAGAAGACAGUACUCAACACCUUCCCUCCCGUUAUCACCGGUGAUGCGUCGCUCACAGCCUUCAGGACAGAAAGGGUCAUGAGGCAGUACCGCACCAUGGGGGUGGGCGCACAUUUUGUCCCCCACCUCUCGCCAGAGCUCAACAUAUCGGAGAGCGGCACCCUGACGUGGGAGCCCCAUGGGAUGGCCCCGCUCACCAUCAACCUGGAGGCUGUCGGGUCCAACAACCUCUCCGCUCUCCUCCAGCUCCGCUUCACCCUUUGCAGCUGCAGCAGGAGCCAGGAGUGUGACUACAGCGACACCGUCACCCUUGGGGGGUCCUCCCUGCAGCUGGCAGCCUGCAAGUGCGAGGAUGGCUACUCGGGUCCCUUCUGCCAGGACCCUCCGGACCCCUGUGCCCAGGGAUGCUUCCCCGGCGUGGGCUGUGACCCGCACACCGGUUGUGGCCCUUGCCCAGCCGGCCUGACCGGCGACGGGCGGCACUGCUCAGAUAUCGAUGAGUGCGCGCAGGGGACAGCGUGCCCAGGGAACGCCACCUGCACCAACACGGUGGGCAGCUACGCCUGCUCUUGCCCGGCCGGCAAGGAGGGCGAGGGGCCAGGCUGUGGCUCAGCCUGCGGCUCCCGCUCCUGCCCCGAGGGCUACUGCAGCAACGGGGGACACUGCCGCCUGCACCCCAUCACCUGCAUCCCUGCCUGCACCUGCCCCCCAGCUUUCACCGACCAGCGGUGCCAGGUGGCCGGCGGGGAUUUUCGGCCACUGCCCAGCGCAGAUCUUCCCCGGAGAAGCGUCCGGCUGCGGGUCAGGACACUGCAAAACACCACUGCCAUGGAAGUCAACGGCACCGUCUCGGCCAUCCUGGGCUCCCUGGAGGUAAAGGCUUUCCAGAGCAACACCAACAUCACCCAGACGACAGACGGCGAUGGCUUCACCUUUGUGGUGGUGUCUGAGUUCACCUACAACAGCCGCAGCACCGUCAUCCGGUUCCUGAAUGAGGAGCUGCCGGGGGCCAUCACUGGUGCCUUCAACGGGCGGCGGGGGCGGAGGGAGGUGAAUGUGCCCCUCCUCUUCCAGCACCUGCACCGGGACAAUGUCACCGACCUGGUGAAGCUGACAGUGGCUGAGCUGAGGCGCUAUUUCCCCUGCGGUCUGUAUGGCUACAAAGGCUACCAGCUCCACUACGUGGGGACUGUCGGCUUCGUCUGCAUCUCCCCUUGCAAGAUGGGCUACUGCCAGCAUGGCGGCCGGUGUCAGCACCUGCCUGAGGGGCCCACGUGCAGCUGCCUCCCCUUCUCCAUCUUCUCCCCUGCCGGCACCCGGUGUGAGCGACUGGCCGUCAGCCUCGCCGCCUUCCUCGGCAUCUUGCUGGGAGCCCUGGCUCUGCUCUGCCUCCUGCUUGCCACCACCUGCCUGGCCUCGCACCUCUGCCGCCAGCACCGCCAUCGGCACCGGGGGGUCAAGGAGAGCUUCUGGAGGCCACAGCCCUUCUCCUGUGAGUACAUCCCUAUGACCACCUCCCCAGCCCCCCAAGUUCUGCGUCACUCUGGUCUUCUCUGA